AUGGCGAACAGCGUGACCAAAACCGACGCCCCAAGUUCACCCCGCCAUGGUGGUACAGGUACAGAUAUAAACCGGACAUUCCUCUCCCAGUUCCAGGAUUACAGACCUUUAGAAUCACUGGUGAGCAGGGCACGGCGGAUUGCGAGACUUAGGAAGAUUCGGGAGGGUUCUGUGAAGGACGAGAAUGUGGAUGGGUCUUUUGCUCCGGAAAAGGUUACACAAACUGUUGAGUCUGGCAAGUCGACGAGAUUGUCCACGGCGAAUCCAGCAUUACAGCAACAAAGCUCGACCUCGCUCGAUCUGCCCGGUCAUGAUGCCAACAACAACACCAACAACAACAACCAGAACACCGACAAUGAAAGCAACACCGACCCUAAUGCAUCCGAUUCCGACGCCAAGUCAAACGUCUCAUCCAAGACUUCCCUCUCUAAGAGAUCCAUCAAGUCUACCAACUCUACCACCUCCUCUUCUCCCCCAGUCAAAGCACACCCAGAGUCACCUCCUGCACCACCACCCUCACCACCAGAACGCAUAUCAUCAAACUAUGUUCUGAACAAAAAGACAUCAUGGAUCUGGAAGCCAAGGGCCCAGGAGGAGGUCAUCCCGGGGAACCAAAAGUUGGAAAGAAAGAAGUGGGAAUUGAACAGGGAAGAGUGGAUAGAUCACCCCCUUUUCGCGGCCGUAACAGCAAUAAAGGUAACGAAGCGGGAUCUUGCGGACUUGAUUUACCCCGAAACAACAACACGACAAGGCAAGGAAAUGGAGAUGGAGAUGACGGGAAAAAAGCUUGUGAAGAAGAAAACCAAAAAACAAACGCCAGGACUGAAAAGGUUUUUCAACUCUGAAGUUCCCUUCAUUGCAUAUGUCAGGACCACAGGCCUAGAGGGAAGAGAAGAAGAAGAAGAAGAAGAAGACUUGCUGCAGAUUGUGAGAAACCAGAUACGGGACGUCAUGAAAAGUUACGAGCAGACGGAUAAACGCAAGAAAGAGGCGAUAGCCGCGGCAGAGGGGUAUUUACCACUUGAGAGCUGGCUCGGAGGAGGAGGGUUCUUGACGCAGGAGGAUCUGCAAAGACAGUUUGCGUUGCCGAGUUGGCGGAAAAGGGAGUUGGAGUUUUUGAGUGAGGGUUUGGUGAAGAUGCGGAGGAGAAAGGAGGAGAGAAGGAUACAGGAUGGAGAGAUCAAGGAGUGGGUGAUGGGGGGUAAGAAGAGGGCGAGGGAUGCCGCGGGAGGUAGAAAGGAGGAUGGAGAACAAGAAGAGGAGAAGAAGAAGAAAAAGGAAAACGAACCGAAAGAUCAAGUACAAACCUCCCAGGAAUCCGACACCUCCAUCCCCAACCCUUUUGAACUUCCCCCUUGCACACCCACCGAAUACUUCUCCCACCGCCGCCACCGCCUCCACACCUUUUGGACCAAAGAAGCCCAACCCGCUGAUUUCCAGUACGCCAAAGCCAUCAAGCGCACCACCCUCCGCAAGUGGCGGGGUGUUAAAAAGAAAAGAAGAAGAAGAAGCUACACCAGCAAAGUAUACGGAUCGAGAUGGACAACCACAACCCCCUCCUCCUGGUCCUCUUCCUCCUCUUCCUCCUCGACCGAAGAUGAUGAGGAGGAACAGAACAAGGAGCGGAAGACUUUAACUGGGUGGUUCGCUGGCUAUCAACAACGUAAGCGGGAGCGAAUGCUGCGAAUGGCUAGAGGUAUGGAUGGUAGUGGUGGUGGUAGUAGUGUUCGUACGGAUACCGGUGAGUCACUAGUACCAGGAGGGACGGGGACGAGGAGGAAGAAGAAUCAGACUCGUCAAGAAUGGGCUGAGGAUGAUGACAAUCAAGAAUGGGAGGGGGGAAAGGGAGAGGACUCGGACGAUGAGAGACGGAUACUGGCUGAUGAUUUGGAGUUGGUGGUUGAUGCCAGUGAGGAUGAGGAUAUCUUGAGGUUUUUGGGUGAUCGUUGUGACGACGACGACGACGACGACGACGACGACGACGACGACGACGACGACGACGACGACAACGACUAUGUGGGGGGUGAGGGAGAGUGGAUUGGAAGUGAAGGGGUAGAUGGGGAUUAUGAUAGUUACCCGCUUGUAGAUCACGUUCGGGAGUCAAUGAUAAAUGAGUAUUAA